AUGGCAUUGCAGAAUAUUGGUGCUUCAAACAGUGAUGAUGCCUUCUAUAGGUAUAAAAUGCCCAAGAUGGUUACCAAAGUUGAGGGCCGAGGAAAUGGCAUCAAGACAAAUAUUGUCAACAUGGUUGACAUUGCAAAGGCUUUGGCAAGGCCAGCUUCUUACACUACAAAGUAUUUUGGUUGUGAGCUCGGUGCCCAAUCCAAGUUUGAUGAGAAAACUGGGACUUCACUAGUCAAUGGUUCUCAUGAAACUGCAAAACUUGCUGGGCUUCUGGAGAACUUCAUCAAGAAAUAUGUUCAGUGUUAUGGCUGUGGAAAUCCUGAGACUGAGAUAAUCAUCACCAAAAGCCAGAUGCUCCAACUAAAAUGUGCUGCCUGUGGUUUUGUAUCCGAUGUUGAUAUGAGGGACAAGCUCACAACUUUCAUUCUCAAGAACCCUCCAGAAUCAAAGAAGGGAUUGAAGGACAAGAAGGCAUUGAGGAGGGCUGAGAAGGAGCGUCUUAAGGAGGGUGCAGCUGCUGAUGAGGAGCUGAAGAAACUGAAGAAAGAAGGUAAGAAGAAGGGAUCUUCUUCUUCGAAGGACGGCCCUGCAAAAGCUAGCUCUACAAAGAAGAAAGCAAACAGUUCUGACGAGGAACAUAUCUCACCAACUCAUAGCCAGGUUGAUGAGAAGGAAGAGGUUGAUGACGAUGAGGAUGAUGUUCAGUGGCUAACUGAUACGUCUCUUGAGGCAGCUCGGCAACGCAUCCAAGAGCAGUUGAGUGCAGUGACAGCUGAUAUGGUCAUGCUUUCAACAGAGGAGACAGAAAAGAAGGCAAAGGCAUCCAGCAAAGAAAAUGUUAGUCCAAAAGGUGCUGCACCAGCCCGGGAGGAAAAACCUAAAGCUGAGAAUGGGAGCCCCAGUACUCAUGAAACUCUUGUUAAUGAGUUGAAGGUAAUCCUGAAGAAAGGAGUUCCUGCGAGCCAUUUGAAGUCCAGUCUCAGUUCACUCACUGGAUCUGCUCAGGAAAAGAUGGACGCUCUGUUUGAGGCAUUGCUUGAUGGUGUUGCAAAAGGAUUCGGGAAAGAGGUUGCCAAGAAGAAGAAUUAUUUGGCUGCUGCUGUUGCUCAGGAUGAGAAAUCACAGUUGCUUCUGCUCCGAGGAAUUGGGGCAUUCUGUGGGAAGUCAAGCUCAAGUGCGCUCAAGGAAGUGGCUCUCAUCCUGAAAGCACUUUAUGAUGCUGACGUCCUGGAUGAAGAGUACAUUGUGCAGUGGUAUCAAGAAGGGCUAAAGGGAGGUAACAAGGAUUCUCAGAUUUGGAAGAAUGCUAAGCCCUUCAUUGAAUGGCUCCAGAGUGCUGAAUCUGAGUCCGAGGAAGAAUAA